AUGACUCAGGGUCAGCUAGUAGGAAAGGAGGGAGAAAUGAAGAACGGCGAGGUGGCACGGAAACGGCUGAAGAUCUCAGUCCCUAACUUCGACAACUCGGACUUGAUCAAGAGUUACGCUUUGACGUUGGUGGCGAGAUGCAUGAACCCAGAAGAACAAGAACUCAAGUCGCUUCUAGUGAUGUUUCCGAAGAUCUGGAAGAUGGAGGAGAGGGUGACUGCUGCUGACUUGGGAAUGGGGAAGUUUCAGUUUCACUUUGAGAAGGAGGAGGACAUUGAGACAGUCUUGGAGAUGCAGCCUUAUCAUUUUGACUACUGGAUGCUCUCUUUAGCGAGAUGGCAACCACGGAUGCCAAAAAACUUCCCAUCAGAGAUUCCGUUUUGGAUCAAAGUGGAGGGAGUUUCGCUUGAGUUCCAGCUAGGGGGAACAAAAUGUCAGGGCAAGGGAGAAGAGGAAAAGGAAAAGGGGCAGUAA